AUGCCCUUCAGCGCCGAAGCAGUCUCCUCGCUCAAGUCCAUGGUCGAUGCGGCCUGUGCCGACCCUACAACCGACAUCCCCGGCGCCGCCGUGGUGAUAGUCGACCGGGCCGGCGAGGAGCUCCUUGCGCACGCCGCAGGCGUCAGGGGCCUGUCGGGCGACGGCAGGAGGGAGCCCAUGACGCUCGACACGGUCUUCUGGAUCGCGUCGUGCACCAAGCUGCUGGCCGGCGUCGCGUGCAUGCAGCUCGUCGAGCGUGGCGUCUUGCGCCUCGACGACGGCGACCAGAUCGAGGAGCUGUGUCCCGAGCUGGCGCGCCUCAAGGUGCUGGGCGAGAACGGGGUCCUGGUCGACAAGACCAGCAAGAUCUCGUUGAGGAUGCUCCUGAGCCACACGGCCGGGUUCGGCUAUACGUUCUUCAACGAGCGGCUGCGGGACUGGUCGCUGCCGACGGGCGUGGAUGAGUUUUCCGGCAGGGUGGAGGACGUCACCACGCCGUUGCUGUUCCAGCCCGGGGAGGGGUGGGAGUAUGGUGUUGGCAUCGAUUGGGCUGGGAUUGCCCUUGAACGUGUCACCGGUCUGAAAUUGAACGAGUUCCUGCAGCAGAACGUCUUUCAGCCACUGGGCAUCAAGGACAUGUCCAUGGUGCCCGGGGAGGACAUGCGGUCGAGAUUGGCCUACAUGCACCAUCGCGAGGGGGACGGCAAGCUGAGGCCGCGUGACCACCCGCUGCGUGCACCGCUGGUCAUUGACGUGGACAACAAAAUCGAAGUUGCAAAGCUGCACAACAGCGGAGGCGCCGGCAUGUUUGCCACAGCGCAAGAGUACUGCAAGGUCCUCGCCGCCAUCCUAAACGACGGCCAGAGCCCGACCACGGGCGCACGAAUCCUCCGCCCCGAGACCAUAGCCGAGAUGUUCAGGAACCAAAUCCCCCAGUGGCCCGAUUUCGGUCGGCAGGGAAUGGCGGCCGCCAAGCCGGACCUGACGAACCCGAUCGCGGAGGUGUACCCGGUCGAGGGCGGGGCGCCGCAGGGCUGGGGGCUGACGUUCCUGCAGCCGCGCGGAGCAGACGCCGGCACCGUCUGCUGGGCGGGGCUACCGAACCUGUGGUGGUGGCUGAACCGCGAAAAGGGGAUCGCAGGCCUCGUGGCGACGCAGAUCCUGCCGUUUGUCGACCCCAAAGUCAUGGGGCUGUGGUUCGGGGUCCAGGCUGCGUCAUAUGCUGCUUUGGGCUGA